GAAAAUUCCUGCAGUUACAUCAAUUAUUUCAUUCUCGAGCAGUCAGCCAGCCUUGUGGUCUGAAUAUUAGUUAUGUGCACUUUUUAGACAAUUGCAUGAAGCACAAUUAAGAAUAGGACCAGACAACACGGAGAGAAGAAACUGCUCUGUAAUCUGCCCUCAGUUUCACUCCGUUACAUUCUUUGUUACAUUAAAAUCAAUUACUUUUCAAUCAGUGGUGAGAAAAUACCUCAUCCUGUCCGGGCCAGAGCUCCUAUCCAGCAGAGGGCGAUCUUAUCAAAUCUAUGACUGUACCGUAAAAACGAAAGUAUCUGCGCAAAAUACGGCGGACACGAGAAGAAUGUGCUUUGUUGUACAAGUAUUCAAAUAAGCAAACAGUAGGCACUGCCAAUUACCUUUUUCUUAAAGCUGGUGCAUUUGUUGUAUCCACUGCGGUAUCUACCUAACGCAGGUCCUGGUAUAGAAAUAUACGAACCACAGCAGCCUGUCUUUCAAUGGUAAACCCCCACACGAAACCCUCUCUAUACGUGUAGGUCUAUGUGCGCCGAGCCAAACAUUUCAUCGGGGUCAAACAGGCAUCAACUCGUCUUCAGGAAGCAGUAGAGAGAGGGGGAGUUAAGUCGACAUCUGUUGUUGUUGUCGCUUGCGCUGUGUCCUCUUCCUGUCUGACAGUCUGGUCAGCCGACCAGCGGACUGUUUUCUCGGUGUAGGUUGAAGUCUCUUCCCCGGCGGAUGAAUGGCAAUGACGGCGGUGAGAGCAGUGGCAGCGGGGGGCCCGGCGUCUUUGUCCAGGUUUAGGGGAGCGCUGGUCGCGGCUGUGCUGGGAGAUUGUGUCGGCGGAGAGUUUGAAGGAGCGGAGGAGGUUCCCAUGGAGAGUGUGCUGCAGCAUCUGAGCAGCCUGGAUGACGAGACAAAAGGGAAUGGUAUCCUUGAGUACAGUGAUGACACAGCCAUGGCACGUUGUGUGGUCCAGUCUCUACUCACCCGUGCCGGCUUUGAUGAGCAGGACAUGGCUCGCAGGUUUGCUAAGGAGUACAGUGUGUCCCCGGGUCGUGGUUAUGGUUCUGGAGUGAUCCAGGUGUUGAAGAAGCUGUCCUCCCCUCAGCUCAAUGAUGUGUACCAGCCGGCCAGGGACCAGUUUAAUGGUCGAGGCUCCUUUGGGAAUGGAGGAGCUAUGAGGGCGGCCCCCUUCGCACUGGCUUUCCCUGAUCCAGCUGAUGUGAAAAGGUUUGCUCGUCGGGGUGCCAUGCUGACCCACUCCUGCUCUCUGGGUUAUAAUGGGGCAGUGCUGCAGGCGUUAGCUGUGCACCUCUCCCUGCAGGGGGCGCUAGACCUGCCCCAGCAGUUCAUCAGCACGCUAAUCAAAGAGAUGGAGGAAGUGGAGGGCAACGAGGCGACACGCAAUGAUGCCAGAAUCCUAAAAGAAGCAGAGAAGCCAUUCUGUGAGCGCCUCCACAGAGUGAGAGACCUGAUGGACCGGAGCAAGGUCAGCAUCGAGGAGGUCAUUUCUGAACUGGGUAACGGCAUUGCGGCACUCCACUCAGUCCCCACUGCCAUCUUCUGCGUCCUCCACUGCCUGCAGCCCCGAGAAUGCCUUCCAGAGAAGUACGGCGGCCUGGAGAGGACAAUAGCGUACAGCCUGGCCCUGGGCGGGGAUACAGACACCAUAGCAUGCAUGGCAGGGGCCAUCGCUGGGGCCCACUAUGGCAUCGAGGCUAUUCCUCAGUUGUGGAUAAAGUGCUGCGAGGGGGCGGAGGAUGCAGACAUGGACGCAGAGCGACUUCACAUGCUGUACCACCAGUCAUCACAGGGAGGGGGUAGCGGCACAAAGAAGAAGGCUGGAGCCGAGUGAUUCUUCAACUGGAGUUGGACAAAAGGACUCUUGAACACAGACGCGCGCACACACACACACACACACACACAUACACUCAUACUCCCACACACAUGCACAUUCAUUUUGUUAACAAAAACCAUGACUAAAUAUGUUCGUCAGCAACCUUUUUUUCCAUGACUAAGACGAGACGAUGACGAGACUGCCCAGACGUCAUUAAACGGCAACUGUGAUGAUAUCAACAUGCAAUAUUGAUGAAGAAAAAAAGAUGAGACUAGAAAUGUGUUUUAAAAAAUAAAAACUUUACCAAAA